AUCACAGAAUAUAGUCGUUAGCGCUGCGCCCCCAAGCGUAAACAUGUCUCGCUCCCCCAGCAUCGCAAUUGUCCUCGCGGCGGUCGCCCUCCUGGGCGUCUGCGCGCUGGCCCAGCCUUCCACCCUUGGCACGCGUUACAAGGGCCUCUCGUACUCUUCAAACGUCUAUGGUUAUGUCAACAUGACCACUGACUACUGCGAGAUUAAGGCCGCCCUGGCCGCCGGCAACUGGGCUGAGGCCCUGACACUCUACUCGAGCGGCAAGAACUCCAUCUCGGGCCUGUCCCGCCGCAGCUUCUCGGGCUUCGCCAGCUACGCGACCUCGGGCCCCGAGCUGCUGCACGACUCCCUCGCCAUGGGCCGCAACCGCACCUGGCUGGAUGUCGCCAUCAGGACCGCCUUUGCGGAGCAGAACCGCCCCCUGGUCGAGGGCCUCAUUCUGGUUGCCGGCGUCAAGUACGGCCUGCACGAGGUGGAUGAGGGCGCCACCAAGAUUGUGCAGUACCUGGCGGACAACACCCUGACCAACCUGGUGGGCGACGCCGAUGGUGCUUCGCACAGCGUGGAUGAGGCCUGGGCGCUGUGGACUGGCGGCCGCGACGACCACUGCGGCUCCGCUGCCGCCUGGGCCGCUGCUCUGGGCGCGGACAUGGGCACCACCUUUCUGGGCCAGAGCUACGUGAACGCGGCUGCCACCAUCACCUUUAAUGAGCUGCUCAUGAGCGGCCGCAAGGACAACGGCACCCUGAGCUCCGCCGUCUACAACGCCUCCCGCGUUGACCUGAUGCGCGAGCUGGUGCUGCUGGGCCUGCAGGGCGUGCUGCACUCCUCCUACAAGGCCCAGGCCGCCGUCGCGUGCCGCCGCCCCGACGCCGACCUUGAGGAGGCCAAGGCCUACAUCUCCGUGCACUGGACCUACCUGGAGCCCUUCCUGGUCGCGCGCGGUGUGCCCGCUGACCGCAUCACCCGCCUGCGCACCGCGCUCACCGCCGCUCGCCCCAACUACAUGGACGUGCGCCGCGCGGUCGUGUCCGUCGCUGACGCCAUGGGCCGCCGUAUGGCUGAGAUCGGCACCCCCAUCCACGACCGCGUCACUCGCGGCUGGGCGGGCUGCAGCGCCAGCCGUCUCCUGUAAGGGAGCCAUGGCGGUGGCAUGACGAUGCUAUCUGUGCCCACCUAUGUGGCCAUGCCCAUUGGUGUGCCUUAGCCAAAACUCAAUCCAUUGUGUUGGCACCGCGUGCGCAAUUUUGGAUCGUCUAGCGCGUGGCCGUGCUUUGUGUGUGGUGCAGUAACCCAAGUAGUUGCGGUAGUCCCUGUGUGUACAGCAGCGGAACGGCGUGGCCGAGGACGCGACCCGGAAUGCGGCAUAAAUUAGCAUAGCGGACUGACGUGAUCAACAUCGGGAUGGUACUAGAGUUGGUGCGUUGGCCUGCAGCGCCUAACUGUAAGGCCCUCAUCAACCAUUUGCUCGUCUCAUACGUCUCCUCUCCCUCCAAUCCAAAUGCAACAGUUGCUGCGGUCAGGCCGUCAGGGGGUGCCAGCAUAUGUAGCACACGGCGCACACGGCCGUGCACCUGUCGCUGAAGGCAGUGUGGGUGGCCCCGAGGUUACCGGGAACCUGAUCCCUGUUGAACGUCCUGCUGACCGUGACGGGAUGGGUCCACUGGUCCAGCGGCACUCAGGGUAGACGCCUGUAGCAGGAAACGCCGCAACAGAAGUUGAUGACGAACUGGGGCUUUCCAUGGGUAUGUGGGGCUUAGCACGCCGUCAGGCCUUCCUUCCACGUUGCCACGCAAAGGCGUGCGAUGGCCGAUGGGUGUGCGAUGGGACAGUGGUAAGGCAGGUUGGUAAAGUCCCGCAGGGUGCAGCUGAUUCCCAGAACCCAACAGAUGGCACACAAGGGGCAACGGCAGGGCAUGAGUGCGCGGCUGGUCGAACGCCGGAGUUACUGCACCGACGAGUUGCUGGCUGGCUGGGAGUGUGCUGGCUGGCUGGGAGUUUGCUGAGGUGUGCCACGGGACAAGGUUAAGGCGGGUUGGCGAAUUCCCGU